AUGAAAGCCAUUUGCAUUUUACUCGUUUUAUCUCUUGCCGUAACAGUUAACUGCAGAUUUGAAGAUGAUAUUACAAACUUCAUUGAAAAAAAAUUAGAUGAGUCAUAGGAAAAAACAUUUUAAGACUUCAACAGCAUGGUAACCAUUGCAGCGACCAAAGUCAAUGCUUUAGAACUUAAAAAGGAGGUAAUGGUAUAUGGCUUUGCAACUCAAUGUGUACUAGAACUUCUAAAAGCAAGUUAUAAAGAGUAUGCUCCUGCAUUGAACAUUGUAGGAACUCUUAUUGGCAUUAGCUUCAAUGAUUCUCCAAUAAUGAUAUUCGCCAAACUUUCGUAAGUCGCUGUUGAUCUCACAAUGACCUUCAAAAAAGAAGCUUUUUCUGACUUUGAGAAAUCUCUCUAUAGCUUGGUCUCCACUGCCUUAAUUGCUGGUACUAGCUUAUCCUACCCUCAUUAAAGCUAUAACUUAGGCUUAAGCUCAGCAAGACUUGCAUUUAGAAGCACUGAAGUCGGAAUCAAAAUACAGAGAAAGAUAAACGGAAGGAUUUGA